CUUCGUCCUGUCAUCUCUUUCGUUAUAGGUCCCACUGAACUUGCCAUAAAAUCAGAUCCAGAUGUUCUCCUUCUUCGGACCCUGCCAUGGCCGUAUUCUCCAGGCCCGCUUUCAUCCCUCCGGUCGACUUGUCAUCCGAGCUUCCAACAUCUACAGCUUUGAGAACAGAAAGGAACACCAUGUUGUCGACCUGUUUCUGCGGUUCUGGCUCUCCGAGCCUUGCUUCGGCGAGGAGUAUGAGUUUUACGUCAACGAGGACUCAUCUGAAACACCCCCCCUGAAGGCUAUCGUUGGUAGCGCCGGAAUCCCGCUGAGACCCAAACUUUUUUCGCGAUAUACCCUCGCAUAUGAGGCAGCAAGUCAUGAAUGAUACGAUUGACGACUCCUAGCACUGUUAUUCACUAAUAUCUUGGAUAAGUCCAUCUACCUGACAAGUAGUAGGUCGGUUGCUGGUUUCUUUGCUCGCUUG